CAGUGUACAUGGUACUUGGUAGUCAGACGUCAGUUGCAGUUUGCCGGGUCACGCGUACGCCUGCGCUGCUUUGUCGUCCGGUCGAACAAUCGCUUUACGUUUGAAUAUAAUAUAAUAUUGUGCCUACGAUCUACAUCACGUUGAUUUGUCAUCGUUUUGUUUUCUACACAAUACGAGCAGAGCGUCAGGUGGCAUUUUCAGCGAUUUCGUGGUCAAAACCCUGCACAUUGUACUCCAUAAAUAUUAUAUGCAUCUUUUUUCCCGCCGGACGGUGACAUAAUAAUAUUAUCUGCAACUUCCCGCGCCCAGCGUUUUCCCCCAACACACUCUGUCAGUCGAGAUGGGUGACUGCGGCGAUGGCGAGGACGAGUUUGAAGACGCCCUGGAGGUGAUUCCGGCGCACUGUAAAAUGGACUUGAAUACUGCUUUAUCGGAUUCAAAAAUUGCUAUACAUUUGUUUUUCAACAAUAAAUUUGACGAGGCUCAACAUAUAUUGGAACCAUGGGUUGGAACGAGUAUGUAUCACACCAUUGGGAGAUCAAUUUUUUUGUUUCUAGAAGCUUUACUCACAUUUGAACAGGCGAGCAUACAAAAAGCGUCCGCGGCGCUGAAAUCCAGUAUCCGUUUGUGCAAUUCGUAUCGCAGAAAAACCACGCUGACGCAGUCCAUCGGGAACAUAAUGAAAAAGCCUAACUACGACUCGUACACUCCGGACGAGUUGCACGCUGAACUGUGUUUUGCCGAAGCACUGUUACUCAAAGCGCUGUUGACAUUCAUCGAGGAUGAGACGUUAGUCAGUUUCAUCCGCGCUGGCAUUAAAAUACGAUCUUGCUACAAUUCGUACAAAGAAUGUAACGUCAUACUUACCUCUCGCGCAUGGUCCGAAAACGAGAAGUCUUACAAAGAACAUUUCGAGAGCGGCGUGCGUCUGGGUAUUGGAGCUUUUAAUCUGAUGAUUUCGUUACUGCCGUCGAAAAUAAUCAAACUACUGGAAUUCAUCGGAUUUUCCGGGAGCAAAGAACAGGGCCUUGCCGAACUUGAAUUGUGUUACCAAGUGCCACAUGGACUGAGGCACGUCUUGUGCGUGCUUACCAUGCUCACGUACCACCUGGUCGUGGUGUACGUUUUCAGUCAGGAGGAAGGUGACUUGGAGUUUUGUGACGCAGCGCUGCGACAACAGCUGACGCUGUAUCCAAACGGUGCGUGGUUCUUGUACUUCAAAGGGCGCCUGGAGUUUAUGCGCGGUGACGUGGACGACGCAAUCAAGUGGUACACGGCUUCGGUGGAGUCCCAAGACUCGUGGCCACAAUUCCACCACAUAUGCUACUGGGAACUGUGCUGGGCCAAUUGCGUUGCCUUAAACUGGAAAAGGGCAGAAACGUACGCAGCCAAAUUGGCCGAGCAGAGCAAGUGGUCACGCACUACAUACAACUACCAGCGCGCGUGCAUAAUGCUCAUGCGAGGAUACAACUGUCUGUCCCGCGACGAGCUCAAUACGGUCAACCAGCUAAUGGCCGACGUGCCCAAAUACAAACAGAGGAUCGCUGGGAAAUCGUUACCAAUGGAAAAAUUUGCCGUGAAGAGAUCUCAAAGGUUUACCAAUCAGAACAAUCGGCUGUUCAUGCCCGCCAUUGAAUUGCUGUACUUGUGGAACUUGUUCAACGUGUUCGGAAAACGCAAGUCAUUGUGCGACAAUCUGUACAGACUCAUUGACAAAAACACAAAGGACCUUGAAAAAAAUCCUGGGCAAUACGGAAGUGAAUACGAGUACGACAACAAGGCACUCGGGUGUCUGCUGAAAGGAGUUUGUCUGCGCAUUAUGAACAGCCCGCUGCACGCAGAAGAGUGUCUCAAGUCCGUCGUGUCGAUGGAGAAGAAAAUCAAGGAGGACCGUUUCUUGGUUCCAUACGCGCACGUGGAGCUGGCGUUUUUGUACAAAUCCAAAGGCAACCUGGACAAGGCGGCGUAUUACCUCGAAACGGCAAAAAAAAAUUACUCUGGUUAUUCGCUGGAGACGAGACUGCAUUUUCAAAUCCAUUGUGCUUGGACCACGUUGAACGAGCGCAAAGCCAAAACCACAACGGACCAAAACGAUCUCGCGCCUGACAGUCAAUUCGACGACCACCAAUGAAAAUACCAACAUUUUACACCUACCUAAUACUAAUUAUACAUAUUAUUAUUAUUGUUGUUGUUGAACAUCGUCAGUCUAGGCCAUACGUUUAUAUUUUAAUUGUGUUGAGUUGUGCGAAGUAAUAUUAAAAUACGGAUAGAUAAAAUAUGUAAUACAAUAUAGUCAUAAUAUUAUAGUACCUACACGCCAAUCGUGUUUAGUGCGUGGUUAGUUGUUAAUUUAAUAAUUUAAUAUUAUAUUUCUGAUAAAUUAAUUAUUUCCAAAAAUGAAAAAGAAAAGACUCCAAUCGACACAUUCCCGUACGAAACCUCCGGACCCCUCCUCCGCCAACACCAAUCCGGUAAAGUACGAUUGAGCAUAUACCUUUUUAGCAACUAGAUUGAGGGUAGAAUAUUUCAUACAACGUCGCCACGUUAUCAAAUAUUAUUACACCAAUUAUUAGGAUAAGAAACCUAAACGAGCCACGAGCUGUAAACCGAGACCAACUUUGUUGAGAACGUUAUUAAAAAUACAAGAAUUGUUUUUAAAAGCUUUCGACCAAUAUUCAAAUCGUAGAAAAUAGAUACGGAAUAUCUGAUAAAUCAUUUUCAAGCCAACUUGGAAACAGAUAUCAAGAUAUGUACAUUUAAUUUAUUAUUAUUAUCAAUUUCAAAUCAGCAAGUAUGAUUCGGUAGGUACUUAAUUAUAUGUAUUACCUACUAUUAUUGUCAUCAAAUAGGUAAAUUGGUAGAUUUAUGAAAUUUUUCUAUUAUUGACAAUGAAAUCAUGUUAUUUUUUAACUUUCACCAAUUUGCAUAAUGUAUUUCAAAAUUGUAAACGGUAACAUCGCAGAGUUUCUAAUGCUUAAUCGUGUAGGUUUUCUUUUGUAAAGAAGACAAUUUCUUUUGUAGCUCCUACAAGUUUACUCAAUCUUGUCGUCAUUUAGGUGUUUUAUACUCAAUCGUAUUGUAGCCAACCAACCAAACUCGUUUAUGUCAUCGUGAUGAUGAUAAAUAUUAAAUAUUUACAUUUUUUGUGGUUUCGGCACAUUAGCUCCAUUUUUCGUACUGCAACUAUAGAUUCUCUUAUUUUGGUUAAAUCCAAUUUCCACUAAACGACCAAACUAUGUUUACAUAAUAAUUUGAUAUAUUCUGUUAAAUACCUACCUAUCCAUAAACUACGGUGUAAAUAAAAAGUCAGUUGUCGAUAGCUAAUGAUAUUAUAUUUGAUUUCUAAAACAUGAUCACAAAUUUGAUUUUUCGCAAUUGUCAAACUUAAACUAAACAAAUGUUUUCGACAAUUUAUAUUUUAUUUUGAUACGAAAUUCGAACCCUAUCUAAUAGUUAUACUGUUCAGAGAAAUUAUAAGAAAAAACGUGUAAUAAUCAACGUAUGAUAAAUUGUGGCCAAGGGCUUCAUUUGCAUUACAUAAGAGGCUACGACUGAAUAUUAUAGAUGCAGUAUUUAUAUUUUAUAGAUUUGUUAUUGACAUUUUUUGACUAAUUAGUUUAUUGUCAUAAAAAUAACAGCAUGUUGUAAUGUUAAGUUUUAUGAUAAAAGGUGAUCGUUUCUUUUGGAUUUUAAUUAUUUUUAGCUAGAAAUAUAUAUUACAUUUAUUGAACAUUUAAAAAUAAUUAAGUCUUAAAUUAUCUUAAAUUAUCUUCUAAAAUAUUAAAAAAAUAUCUUAAAACUAAAACAUUACCUACCUUAACCGUUGCUGUACCUAUACAUUAUUCCACCUGAGACCCAUUUGAUUUUACGGCGUCCAACUUUAUGGGGGCGCAGCAAAUGUUUCUAAUAUCAAAUGUAUUUAGAGACUCCAAUCUAAAGUAAUUCAAAUUAUAUCAAAAACCCAAUUCUAAGGGGCUUUUCGCUCAGAUUUAAAAAUACCCACUGCCAAAAAUCUCUAUUAUGAGCAGUUAAUCGCCUAAACCGCCACCCCAACUUCCUAACGAUCUAUAGAUCCUAUUCUCGACCUACUUUGUAUCAGAGGAUUGAGGAGUACAAAGAGGGAAUUGAAUAUCCAUUAUUAAAACAUUCAAACAAGUUCGCAACACCAAUGUGAAUCAAAUUACGCCACUGGGUGGGUUAGAUAUACUAUAUGAAAGAAAACAUUCCUACAGCGAUUAUAUUAAUUGCUCAUUAUUUUGAACAUUAUGUUUUAUAAUUUAAAAGGUCAUGUUGAUUGCCGCUAUUGGUGAAGGUGGGGGUGAGGUCUCCGAUUACGAAAAUU